AAUUGCUAUCGUUCUUCGUCAUCUCCGUCUUAUUUUUGCAAUUAAAUAAAGAAAACCAAAAAAAGAGUAUAUAAACAAAUUAAAUGCAGGAACAGAGUCCCGAGCUAUACGAGGAGGUAAAACUCUUUCGGAAUGCACGCGAACGUGAGAAGUACGACAAUAUGGCCGAUUUGUACGCGAUUAUAAACACAAUCCAACAGCUGGAAAAGGCGUACAUUCGGGACUGCAUUACUCCACAGGAAUACACAGCCGCUUGCUCCAAGCACCUCGUACAGUACAAAAUUGCGUUCAAGCAGGUGGAAUGCGAAGAGUUCCCCACCGUGGACACGUUCGUGAAGAAGUUCCGCUUGGACUGUCCCGCUGCACUGGAGCGCAUUCGCGAGGAUCGACCCAUUACGAUACGCGACGAUAAGGGCAACACCUCCAAGUGUAUUGCGGAAAUUGUUUCGCUUUUCAUUACUAUAAUGGACAAGCUGCGAUUGCAGAUCAAUACAAUGGACGCACUGCAGCCGGAUGUUAAGGAUUUAGAUGACAAUAUGAAUCGCUUGUCGCUCAUACCCGAGGAUUUCGAUGCCAAGCAAAAGGUGGACAAGUGGCUGGGCACCUUGAAUGAGAUGCAGGCAUCCGACGAGCUGAGCGAGGCUCAGGUGCGACAAUUCCUUUUUGACCUGGAAUCGGCCUAUGCGGAUUUCAAUAAGCUGCUCCACAGCCAGUAGUU